AUGAACUGGUCGGUCACGGGUGACACGAGUGCCUCGGCUCGGUCAGUAAUAACUCGCGUGCUUCGGGUGGGCGUCCAAGUUAGGGAUAUUUACCAUCGCAUACCCGAGUCACGAACCUUAACCACGCGGGCGCUUGAACUCGCACUACUGGGCCUAUUCUCCGCGUCACCAGGUGUUGCCGGGUAUCGCUAUAUACCUUGGCAUGAGACGCGACACGGCCAGUGCUAUCGGGGCACAUGCUAUGUGCAUGGCCGCGGUCAGCAUCACACAGGUGCGUAUCCGGGCGUGACUGGUUGGGUGCGACAGGCACUCCCCGGCACGCGGGCACGACCCUGGCAAGGUUAUGUACCGAACGCGCUAUGCACACGGGGUGCUAACACGAGCAGGCACGGUGCAAACUCUAUUCAGAGGCACUUCCCCGGCAAGUUAACCUCUAAACAUGGUAGUUACCUGGUGCUGGCCCUCCGCUACGUGUAUGGUGCGGUCACGAAAUUUGAUUUGGGCCUCGGUUGUGCCAAGCUGGCGCUGGGCCGCGCAAGGUCUGUGCGACAGGCCAUGCACUGGGCUGUACUGACGGGCCGCGCGUUGGGCUGCGAGCGCGGGUGUGGACUGCCCAUGGACCGUACGUGUGAAAAGGUUGCCAAAUGUGUUGGGCCAUUCGCCUCGAGCAAAGAUCCAUUGACUGCUCCACUACUGACCGAGGAAAAAAGACCACCUAAACUUGCCACCGAAAAACAAGAUGCACCUUCUUCGACCAACCCAGUGGUUGAACAACAACCCGCUCCUCAUCUAGAACCAACGGCCAAACCAGUAGUCGAGCAACCGACUUCUCCUCUGAAGACCUCGCUCGAGUCAUCCCAGCCAUUACCAGAAGUACGUGAAUCGACCUCUGGCUCGAGCCAGCAAGUCGAGAAACUCCGAGAGCAACUCCAAGAGCCCAACGCUGAGCAGACUCCUCAGAAUCCUGCCAAUCAAUCUACCGAUGUCGAGCGUGCUUCGAAUGCUCCUUAG